AUGGAUGAAAAUCAAUCACAAUGUACGUCCAAAUCAGUUGCACAACCACAAAAUGAUUUUGGUAUGGAGUCAAAAAAUACAUUGAAUGUGGAUGAAGAAGGGUUCAUUAAUGAUAAUGUUGAUGGUAUUCCAAGUUCUUGCACAAAAGAUAAGGGAAGGAAAACAACCUCUGAGGCAUGGAAUUAUUUUGUAAGAGAGGAAGUAAAUGGUGUGACUAGAGCUGUUUGUAAGCGUUGUGGUGUUAGUCUAGUAACUAGUGGUAGUAGUGGAACUUCUCAUCUCUUGAAACACACAAAGAAAGUUUGUUCAGGAAGACAUUUGAAUCUUGCAUGUGGUCAAACAACUUUAAGAGUUAAGAAGAAAUGUGAUGGGUCAAGUUCUUUGGAAUAUAGUGGUAAAAGCAACCUUAAAGAGUUCGACCAAGAAUUUUCGAGAAGGGAAUUAGUUUCCAUGGUUAUUAUGCACGAGUAUCCAUUGUCUAUGGUGGAUCAUAUUGGGUUUAGGAGGUUUGUUGAAAGCCUUAAUUCCAAUUUUAAGAUGAUUUCUAGGUCCACAUUAAAGCGAGAUAUCAUGAAGAUGUUUAAAGAAGAAAAACUUUCUCUACAUAAAUUGCUCGAUCAUAAUGAAAGUAGAAUUGCAAUCACUACUGAUAUGUGGACUGUAACCAACCAGAAGAAGGGUUACAUGGUCAUAACUUCGCAUUUUAUUGAUAAACAAUGGGUCUUACGAAAUCGCACCUUAAGGUUUUGCUAUGUGCCUUGUCCUCACACCGGAGGUGUUAUUGCAAAGGUAAUGAUGGAUUGUUUGUCUCAAUAUUGUUUAGAAAAUAAAAUAUCUGCUGUUGUUGUUGAUAAUGCCACUACUAAUGAUGCAAUGAUGAAGAUUUUAAUGAAUAAGUUUGAGAAAAGGUCUUUGAUGCUUGAGGUUCAAGAUGGAUUAGGGGUUAUUAGUUCUGCGAUUGAAAAAGUUCGUGAUUGUGUGUCUUUUUGGAUGUCAACUCCUAAAAGAAUUGAAAAUUUUGAGGAGGCUUGUCGUUUUUUGGACUUAGUUAACAUUAAAAAACCUAGUAUUGAUUGUAAAACAAGAUGGAAUUCAACCUACUUGAUGCUUAAAAGUGUUUUGACGUUUAAAGAUGUGUUUUCAAGGUUAAGGCGAGUGAAUAAAAAGAUGAAUUUUGUUGUUCCUAGUGAUAAGGAUUGGGAAUUAGCUGAGCUUGGUUUGUGA